CUCGCCUCACCAUAUCACAAAUCGUAACUUACCACUCCCCAACACACACACGCUAGCACACUAGCACAAACGACCAUCUACCGCACUAACAUCAAAUACCCAUUUGAAGUCGCUACUUUCUGGAAGAAUUCAUCAAGCAAUUGAUUCUGGUGAGUUCCACCAGCAGCACCGCGCGGGGAAAAGGAAAAAGAAGCAAGAAAUCAAGAAUGCUGUCAUCCAACAAGAACAAAGUGUUUGAGAGUUUAGCUUUCUUAAUUUUCUGAUGUUGAAGCUUGUAUAUUCGUUAUUUUGAGGUUUCUGAGUACAUUUUCUUGCUUCAAUCUGAAAGAAAGGAUAUAUGACUUUUGAGAGCAAGGAUAAUCCUGCAACAAUGAGCAGUGUUACGAAGAAACAAGAAAAUCAAAAACAUCAAUUUUCUAGGGAUGUCAUGUUGGGUAGUGAGUUAUGGACAAAUGGGCUAAUAUGUGCUUUUGAGUUCAUAAGAGGCAAUAGGAAGCUACUUUCUUCAGGUUCUGGCUUAAAAGCUGACAAGUCACAGAAGCCGGUAUUAAAAUCUCAAUCGACUAAUCUCUUGACCCAACAUUUAUGUAAGUACAACAAUUCUGGAUCAUCCCUUCAAACAGAUUUAGAAGAUAUUCACAUUGAUACUGCAGACGGUCAAUCUCAAUGUCAAGAGCACCAUUUGGGCUGUUAUCAUCCCCGAGAAAGAAAUUAUUGGAUGCCAAUAGGCUGGGAAAGGAUUUCUGAACUCAUUCUGACGGUGCAAGUUGACGCUGAUUGGGCCUCUCAACCCAUUGAAAUAGCUGAUGAAGAUGACAUAACUGUUGCAGAUGUUGCAGCUCCCUACUGGGAACGUCCUGUGGGGCCCACUUGGUGGUGCCAUGUAAAUGCAAGUCACCCUUUUGUCAAUUCAUGGUUGAGUAAUGCUCAAUGGUUACAUCCUGCAAUCAGCAUUGCCUUGCGAGAUGAGAGUAAGCUGAUAAGUGAACGUAUGAAACACCUCCUGUAUGAGGUUCCUGUUAGAGUUGCUGGUGGACUACUGUUCGAGCUGUUAGGCCAAUCAGUUGGUGAUCCUGUUGCGGAAGAAGAUGACAUCCCAGUCGUUAUACGAUCUUGGCAAGCACAGAACUUUUUGUUGACUGCGUUGCAUGUUAAAGGAUCUUCAUCACACACUAACAUUUUGGGUGUUUCAGAAGUUCAGGAAUUGCUUGCGGCUGGAGGUAGUAAUAUACCACGAUCAAGUCAUGAGGUGAUAGCCCUCCUUGCUUGUCGCCUUGCCCGUUGGGAUGAUAGAUUAUUUCGCAAAUACAUUUUUGGGGCAGCAGAUGAAGUUGAGUUGAAGUUCAUGAAUAGGAGAACUCAUGAGGACAUGCAUAUGUUUAGCAUAAUUCUGAACCAGGAGAUUAGAAGACUUUCAACAGAGGUGAUUAGAGUGAAGUGGUCUCUACAUGCGAGGGAGGAGAUUGUGUUUGAACUCCUCCAACAUGUACGGGGGAAUGCAGCAAGGAUUUUGCUGGAAGGAAUAAAAAAGAGCACAAGGACAAUGAUUCAAGAGCAAGAAGCAGUUCGUGGUCGCUUGUUUACAAUACAGGAUGUCAUGCAGAGUACUGUUCGUGCAUGGUUGCAGGAUCAAAGCCUGAGAGUUCAACACAACCUGGGAGUAUUUGGAGGUUGUGGCCUUGUUCUUUCCAUUAUCACUGGGCUCUGGGGCAUAAAUGUGGAUGGGAUCCCAGGAUCUGAUAGGUCCCCUUAUGC